ACGUAGAAUUAGACCAUUGCGAUGCGGCAAGUAAUCACCAGAGGAGACCAUUUGAAUGAGAAAAAAUUUCCUGUUUGUCAGCAAGAUUAUCGAGAACUGCCUUGGCUUCCUUGUCAUCGCCUUCACUCUUCUAAGUUUUUUAUUUCUCUUAAUGUCUGCCCCAUAUCCAGUAGACCCAAAUAAAGCCAAUGCUGCUAAUGCUGGGUGGGCCUUACCAACAGCACCGCCUCCAAAUUCAAGUUACCCCGUCCAGCCAGGCUAUGGUAUGCCCCCAGGUUAUCCUCCUCAGCCUGCUGCAGCAUUCCCCUCUCAUCCACCACCGCCUUACACUGCCCAGCCAGGGUUUGGUGGGCAACCAGGGUUUGGUGGACAACCAGGGUUUGGUGGACAACCAGGGUUUGGUGGACAACCAGGGUUUGGUGGACAACCAGGCCCAUAUGCUCAACCAGUUUACAAUGCCAGUGGUGGUGGAUUUCCUAUUCAGGAUGGUGGUCGAGGGGAUGAAGUACCAAAGGAAGAGGUGUUGCCAGAUCAGUUUGGUGGUUCCUUCUCUGACAAGGCCAUUAGACAUGCUUUUAUUAGGAAGGUUUAUCUCAUCUUGAUGGUUCAACUGUUGGCAACACUGUGCAUUGUGUCCCUGUUUACAUUUCACUCAGGAGUAAAAUACUUUGUGCAGAGAAACAUAUGGGUGUACUUCCUCUCCUAUGCUGUUUUUUUGGUGACCUACCUGUCAUUGGUUUGCUGCUCGGGGGUUCGUCGUCGUUGGCCAGGCAACUUCAUCAUGCUAGGAAUUUUCACUUUGGCCCUAAGUUAUAUGGCUGGUACCAUUGCUUCAACCUAUGAGACAAACAUUGUCAUCAUGACUGUUGGUAUAACUUGUGCCAUCUGCUUCCUCAUCACUCUCUUUGCUACUCAGACUAAGUAUGACUUCACUGGGUGUGGGAUCUAUCUGUUUGUAGCAGCCAUGGUUAUGUUUCUGUUUGGGAUUAUUGCUAUCUUCACUUACAGCAAAAUUCUGUACACUGUCUACUCUGCUGGAAUUGCCCUGCUCUUCUCAAUGUAUCUUGUGUACGAUACGCAGAUGGUCGUUGGUGGACGCAAGCACCAGAUAUCUUCUGAGGAGCACAUCUAUGGUGUGCUGACGCUCUACUUGGACAUAGUUUACAUCUUCAUCAAUCUUCUUUCUCUUUUUGGUACCAAGAAUUAAACCUUUUUUACUUAAUUUUUUUCCUGUUUCAACUUGUAUUAGUGGAAAGUUGGACGAACAAUUCUGAUUAUAUAACGCAUAAUUUUAGUAGUUGUUUAUCCAUUUGAUAUAAACUACUUAAAUAUUAUGUAUUCAGAAUUCCAGAAUUAUCUAGUUUGCUAGCAGAAUGUAUUAUUGGUUUAUUAAUUGUUAUUGCAUAUUUUAUGUCAAGGCAUAUGACAGCAAAAUUGUGGUUUUCAAAUUGAGGACAUUUAAUUGUCCUGUUUUAUUAAGCUAAAUUCUCCAAAGCUCAGCGGUUUUUUUUUUUUUUUUUUUUUUUUUACGUUUUGAAUAUAUUUUCCAAGUCAACAUGAUUGGUAGGUUAUUUAACAAAUUCUACUUUUGAAAUAAUUCUGAAACCACUUACCAAAGUACAGAGCUGAUAAAGCUAUUUACUUGUGUGCCUCUUAACUGCAAUAUGUUCUUCCAGAAGAGGAUCAAGUGCCAUAGUAUGGGUAGUCAUUUAAAUGUGUAGUCAUCUAUUAUCUUUGUUUUUAUUGACCUAAUUAUUAAUUUAAGAUUCUUUAAUGGUUGUAAAAAAUAAUUUGGAAGUUUCCGUAUUUGGCAUUUAGUUUUGACAUUUUCAUUUUUAAUGGAAAGCUUGGAUUUUUAACUUAAUUCUUCUAUCUAUCAUCUAUUAGGGUAAAUGGCUGGAUUAUUUUUUUCUCUGGUUUCCAAAUAAAUCAAUUGGCAUAGGGAUAAAAUAAUUGUAAAUUUCUUGAACACUGCAUCAUGAAAAUGCCCUUAUUUGAAUGUUGAGAACUGUCAUUCAGAUCUUCAUUAACCCUUAAACUGUGGCAGCUGGGAGAAGAGGAUGGGAAGUGCUGGUGAUGUGACAGAAUUUUGUAAAAUAGGAUUUGUUUAUUUAAUUUUUAGGAUCAUUGUCAUUCUCAUUGGUUCUAAGUACCCUAAUGGGGUUGGGUUAUGCAGCAGUUUUUCCUGAUAACAUCAUCCAAGGUCAUUUACUACAUUCUUCCAGUAUUUUGAAAACCAAGUUGUAUGCAUUUUCAUGACCAUUUUACACAUUGGAUCAUUGACUGCCUUAUCAUUCAUAGUAGUUUCAGACUCCAACUCUGUUUUACAGGCUGUCCAGAAAUUUGAUUUCCCUCAUCCUGUCAUCCUUUAUUUGUAACUUUGGUUAUGCUGCAUUUCUAGUAAAUACUGGCAUCACAUUUUGCUGUGUCCCUGGACUUAUCAUUGUUUGAGGUAACUCAGCUGCUCUGUCAGCUGUCAAAUUUCACACAGGGGCAUUUCUUUCUUAGACUAUUUUCCAGUGAUCUCUUGACAACUUUGCAUCCGCUGGCAUCAACAGUGGUUCAAGGUAGUUCAUAAUAAAUUUUCUGUCAAACAUGAUGGGUUUCUGGCCCUCUUCCCAUCACUGUUGGGCAUGGGAGAUUGCAUUCUCCUGCCUACAUAAUCGACACCUCGUGGAAAAACUCCUGGUACCGCUCUGUGAUGACUGUCAGGUUGCAAUGUCAGAAUUCACUUCUGAUGUCUCCACCCCAACACACUUUAAUUGACCUCCUUGCUUCAGAUCCCACCUUCGAUGCAGAUUUUUACUUUUUAACAGAAACUAACUUGUUGCAUCAACUUUAAUUUUGUUUACAUCUUGCACUCUUCUAAUAAUAGUUUAUUUUUUUUUUUACUCUCCAAGAUAACUGCAUAUUUUUUCAAACUUUUUUUUUUUUCGGUAUCUAAGCAACAUCUUAUAAUAGUAAUGGAUGUUUUUCAAGUUGUUUCAGUACUAGAAAAAGGCAGAAAAGUACAUCACACUAUACAUGUAUUUACAAUUUCAGUAUUCACUAUAAAGCUCCUCCAGUAAAUGUUUUGUCUUAUUUCUUAUGAUUGUUUUUAUCUUUCAACACAUUGUAUAGGGAACUACUAUGAUACUACAGUUGUUUCAGGAUGUGAUAUUCUUUGAAACAGUGGUAUAUCACAAACCUUACAGUAAUAGUGUCUGUUGGUAGUGUAUCUGGUGGUAUCAGGUUUGCUGAUGUGAACACAUGUAGUGAUGAUAGCUGGUGGUGACACAUGUGGUCUUAGGAGUAUUGGUGGGGUUCUCCAUGUUAUGUGGCAGGGAAGCUGGUGGUGUCACAUGUAGUGUUGUUAGCAGAGGAACUGAUGAUGUUAGGGGUGCUGGUGGCACCACAUGUUGGCAGAGCCAUGUGUUGGUAAGGCAGUGGAUGGUUUUCAGAAGUGCUGGUAGUACCACAUGUGAUGUUGGCAUGGUAGCUGGAGGUAUUGCAUAUGGUGCUGGCAGGGUAGUUGGAAAUGUCACUUGUUGGCAGGGUGGUGUCAGGGCUUUUUGGGGUGUAAGUGUUCUAUAUUUGUUUUAUUAAAAUUAUGCUUAUCACUCAAAUCAACACUUUCUAGACAGCUACUGUGAAAACAGCUUACUGGGGUGAUUUUACUCUUUUUCCUUGUGCUGAUCCAGCAGCUAACAAUAUUUUUCUCUGCCCUGAGAAGGUGCCUGAUAACCCAUACAUGACCCAAGACCUAAAAUUGGCAAAUUUGAAAGCAGGAAGAAUCAGGCAUAUGGUAAAAGUUUAAGGGUUAAUUUGUAAGGUCUUUUCAAAUUUAUUCCCCUUUUGGGUUUAAUUCUUAAACUGAUUAUAAUAAUAAUUCUCAAAUCCAUAAUAUAUCAACAGAGACCCAGUGUAAUUAAAUCUUCAGUCAUACAGUGGAACCUCAGUGUUUGAAUGUACUGGACCUCGAACAAAUUGGAAUCUGAACAAUUAUGUUCAGAAAAAAUUGACCCAGUCUUCGAACGUUUUUCUCGAGUCCAAAUGUGCUCUGUUUAAAAUUUAGUUGUGAAAAGCUUUAUAUGAAAGCCCUGUUUCAAGAGAGCUUUGAAGUGACCUCUGACACUGACCUAACUCUCAAGAGACUUUUGGAAUAGUCAGUUUAACAUCCUCCGGUGUAUGAGGCUGAUAAUUAAAGCCUGGGAAAGUUUUACGAACAUUGAAAUUUUCGCAGUUCGAACACCACUUAGGAACCGUUUGAGUUCAGACACUGAGGUUCCACUAUAUAAAAAAAUUAUAGAAUAAUAUUUUUAAUAUUAUCCAGUAGCAGGCAGGUAGUUCAUUUGCAUUAUCUUUAUCUGUUUAGAUAUACAGCUGAAAAAAUUGGUGUAGAAUUUUCUGUUGGUCACUGGUACAUGAUGUGAUUUUGAAAAAUAAAAAUUAAAUCAUUCACAUUGCUAAUAUUAAAAUUUCACUUCAUUGAGCUGUUUGCUUAGGAAGGUAAAGUACAGAGUGAAAGUUAUGCAUAUUAGUAUUAAUAUAAAGAUGAACAUCAAAAUGGUAUACAAUACCGACAGGUUGUUAGGCAGACACAUAUGCAACAGUUAGAC